GGCGGCCGAGCUGUACUGCCCGGACUGUCAGGGUGUGGGUGAGAGAGCUGGGGUGUGUCUGUCUGACUGACAGCUGUAUUCCUAUCAUGGCUUCAGGACCUGAUGUGUGAAGACUGUGAGGCUAUGGCGGCCGAGCUGUACUGCCAUGACUGUCUGGGUGUGAGUGAGAGACCUGGGGUGUGUCUAUGUCUGACUGACAGCUGUAUUCCUAUCAUGGCUUCAGGACCUGAUGUGUGAAGACUGUGAGGCGAUGGCGGCCGAGCUGUACUGCCCGGACUGUCUGGGUGUGGGUGAGAGAGCUGGGGUGUGUCUGUGUCUGACUGACAGCUGUAUUCCUAUCAUGGCUUCAGGACCUGAUGUGUGAAGACUGUGAGGCUAUGGCGGCUGAGCUGUACUGCCCAGACUGUCAGGGCGUGGGUGAGAGAGCUGGGGUGUGCCUGUGUCUGACUUGUGCUGACAAGCUGCAUUCUGGAGCUCUCAAGAGAAACCAUGGUGUCAAAGAUGUCAGGGUUGCACCUCGGACCCCAAAACAGUACAUACCUCACCCCUAUCGUGCACCGUUUGCUAUCCUGAUAGGAAUGUACAGAGGGCUCCUGGACAUGCCCCCUAUGUUGAGUAUGAACGAGGGGGAAAUCAAGAUCCGAGCUCAGCCCUUCACAGACACAGACUUGCAAGACAAGCAGACAGGUCGCUAUGUCGGGGGGUUUGACUGCAUGGAGAAUACACUCAUGAACAAAGGUCUUGUCCAGAAGGAGGCUGCCGACAGACACACCUUUGCCUUGACAGAGAGUGGACAGAGGCUUGGAGAGCAGCUGCAUCUGUUCCACACAGCUGUCGCCAAAUUUAUGGCAGGCAACAAUGUUCCCACUGUACCGGUGCAACACAUUUACUCACAGUGUGGUACAAGGCGUCUCUAUUUGGUUAUUGAUGAUAAGGAACGUGAUGUGCAGCGCUUGUCAAAGCUUGCAAGGGAUCAUGGGAUACCGACUCUGAUCCGCAGUCUUCCUGCAGGGGACUAUGUCUGGAUCCUGUCCCCUCCUCUCCCGAGUCCACACACGGAGUACAAUGGCAACAACAGAUCAGCAGAAACGCUGUUGCCCUUCAUCGUAGAGAGGAAGUCAUGGGACGACUACUACAACAGCUGGCGGGGGUCACGCUUUCAGAGACAGGUCAACAAUAUGAAGGCUAGCGGAGUAGAGAACUGUUUCUACCUGGUCGAAGGCUCUGUGAAAAAUCUGAGAUUUGUGUCAGCCGAUCUGCAGCAGAGACUGAAGGAUCAGCUGGUGCCCCUGAUGGUGGAGGAUGGGUUUUAUGUGAACUACACGUCCUCAUGGUCCAAGUCUGCCCAGUGGCUGUGCUGGAUGACUUCUCUCGUUGCCCAAGCCUACAAGGACGGAGUGUUUAAGAAGCAGAUGACCUUCUCUGAUCUACAAAGAAACAUUAGGGAGAGCAACCGCAACCCGUCGUUGAGACCUGGGAGGAGGCGAGGCAAAUCACAUGUGUGGCUCUCUCAGGACAUCAUACAGUGCAUCUCAAGCAGUACUGGGAACAAUUCAUUGACGAAGACCUGCGAAGCUAACUUUGGUCCAGCAGCAGGCAGUCGUGAUCCAUGCCAGCUUCUCGUCAUAGAAGGACUGGAGAUGUAUAAUAAGCAACGGAGUGGGUUGCUGAUCAAGUGUUGUGAGUCUGUAGCUAAUACACCGCAUGAUAAACUCAAUGAUGAAGUGAGCUUGUACCUCUUGCCUCAGAAAGACAAGAUGCUCCACUAUGACGUGUUCAGCUACUGGCAGCUGUAUAUUCAGGUCUUCUUUGGUGUGUAUGUUGUGAGGUCAGAGGUUACGGAGGACACAGCUCACAUGCAGGCUGCAUUCCUACAGACCCCUGGCAGAAGUGGCACACUUGAGACUAACACGUCCAGAGUGAGGUCUGUCAGUGGACAUGCAGGUGUGGGCUGUGUCCAUCAGGAUCUUUCUCUUCCUGUCUCCCUAGCAGAUACUGGGGUCAGCGCUGAAGGGGUCAGUACUGGGGUCAGCUCUGCAGGGGUCAGCCUGAUGAGGAGGGACUUUGCUGCUGACCUCCAGACAGAAGAGUACAUGGUCCAGAUGGCCAUUGCAGAAAGUAAGAAAGAAAGCAUAACAAACAACCAUGGCCACAAAAGCAAUGAACCGAAAAUGAAGCUGGUGGCCACAAUCAGUCCAAUAACUUUGGUUGAUUCUCAAGGAACAGAUCACCACAGACAGACCACUCAAACUAAAAGUGGAAAAAUGAAAAACUCUGCUCUAACCUCUCCAGAUGUCAUUGAACUUGUUGACUCUCAAGAUGAGGAUGUUGAUGUGCCAAAGAGCAGGGCUGUGUCUCUGCCUGUGUGUGGAGGGUCAGUCUGUGACCCGGUUGUAUUGGAUGACUCCCAAGAGGAUGACCAGAUUCCAUCAGGACCAUGUGCCAACGAAGGGUAUCAGAGCUCUUGUGUAGUACUUAUAGACUCUCAAGAGGAGAGCCAGCUUCCUGUGUGUGACUUCCUGUCUGAAGACAGAGAGCUCCAGAACAACCCUGACCCAUCUCCAGUUUUACAGAAACACUGCAGUCAUAGUCCUGAUUCUAUUACCUUGCCGCCAAAAGGAUCAGAGUUUCCUUGUUCCAAAACCUUCACUGAUCCAUCUUCAGUAUUACAGAAAAUUAGUCAUUGUCAUGAGUCUAUUAACAACCUGCCUCAAGGAUCAGAAUCUCUUCCUGAUAGUUUCAAGAACCAAACCGAACCAUCGCCAGUGCUACAGAAACAUUGUUGUCAUGAUAUUGAUUGGAGUGAUGUGGAUUCAAUUUCCAACCUGAAAAAAGCAUCAACACCUCUUAGUUCCCCAAACAAAACAGACCAAUCUUCAGUAUCACAUCCUGAACUGGAUUCAACUAACAGCCAGAAUACAUUUCCAACAAAUACUUCUCCACAUGUUCAAUCAGCCUCAGACACCAAUAAAGAACACGUAACAUCCUUCACAGAUAAUUAUCCUGAGCAGAACAAAAUAGAUCAGACAGAUUCAUUGUUUAAUCUGCCACCAGUAUCAACAAAACAUUGCAAUGCUGUUGCUAUCUUGAGUGAAGAAGAACAACUUAAACUUGCCUUGACUUGGAGUCUUCAAGAACAGGAUAGAGAUUCUCAAAAUGUUAGCAUUACCUGCAUGAAACAACACUCCAAUAUGAAUGCCAACAAAGUGUUGACAAGGCAGUCAGACCACACUAUUGACCAGAGAAGUGUACUCCACAAGACUCCAACAAAGAGACGGAAUGCCUCAGGUCAUGGAUCACCAGAAUCAAAGAUCCCACGAUUUGACCUGGGUGAGAGAUGUGAUAAUGCCCCAGGUCUUGUACAGAGUACGAACAGUUCUGUGGGCAAGACAUUUUCAGACACGGUAUCGCAUAGAUCUAUCAACAGUGAUGCUGCUUCCACCCAAGGUCAAACUGACGGUGCAGCCAACAUCAGCGAUGCUCCUGAUGUCCUUGGGAUUGAAAAUGAAGGAGAGACUUCGAAAGAUGCGGAACUUGCAAGACGUCUUCAGCAAGAGUUUGAUGAUGAAUACAGCAAAUCAAAAGUUGGAAAUAAUGAAACUCCUAGACGUUUGAGAAGCAAGCUGGGAUCUGAACCACACCCAAAGAAGCUUGUGCCAUGUGUUUCUGAUCAGCGUGUUGGGGCAAAAGGAUUGAAACACAUAAAAGUAUCUUCUGAGACUAGUGCCACAUCAUUUACUGUCAGUUCAGAGGAACAGCUGCUUAAUGGAAGAAGUGAAGGAAAGGAUGUGGCCUUGUCUUCACUGCCAGGUAAACAAGAGGUUGAGGAGCCAUCAAGGUUGUCUAGUUUAGGUCCUUCAGGAGAUGAUGUGGUUUCUGAGACUGUAUCAAGUGCAUCAGAUAGUGCUGUGAGGUGUUCUACUUCAGUCCCACCAACCAGUGCUAACACUAGUGGAACAUAUGACACUGACAUGUGCAAUGAUUCAAAUGAUCAUAUGCCUGACAAAGUGGAAUCUAGUCAAAUCAUUAAUGAAGACAAUCCUAGAUCUGACAGUUUUAGAGAAGACAUUGGACUUUUGUCAGAAUCAGGUGUUUCAUUUGGUAGUGAUGUUGAUGAAAAUUCUUCUGUAAAUUUUAAAGAUUCUGAAAGUUUUCUUCAUGCUGAAGGCAACAGCAGGACUGUUGCAAGCCAUGUUGAUUCUGAAACUAGGAAUCUCAUUGGCCAUGAGACAUCUUCUGUAUCCACCGAGAAAAUCGUUUCUACAGAUAAGGAUGCAAUAUUUUCAGGAGAGAUGGAAAUGCAGGAAUGCACUGAGACUACAGAAAGUGUCAGUCAGGAUAUUGUUAAGCCAAGUGUCGAAGACAUGGCUCACACAGAGAGUUCAGACUCAGAGGUCAUGGAGACUUCUGAUCAGUGUGAGGGUCAUGAAGAAAAGAACAUGUCUGACUACAGUGGUAAAUGUGUGGUACCUGGCGAUGAAGGUUCGAGGGGUACAUAUAGUGCUCAAUUAGUUGAAGAUUAUGGUGAAUGUGCAUCAAGUGAGAUUUCUCAGUCAAUGCUGUCACAUCUCCCCAAGGACCCCACUUAUACUCACAAGGCUAUAUCUGUCACUCACAGUGAGGCAAAGUCACUUACUCACCAAGUUCAUGGUGCUCACAAAUUUCCAGAUAAUGAGAUCAGGACCGAAAGAACUCCAAUGAAAACAUCAUUGGAUGGGGUUAAGACUGAAGCGAUGACAGAUGAGGAAUUUGCCAGGCAGCUGCAGGAACAGUUUGACAAGGAAAGUGGGAUAAAGCGGGUCCCAACAGCCGAGGCAAUGUCACUGAGACGCAAAAGAUUGGGUGACACCAAGGGUGUUGGUUGGCCUCUAGAUUGCAAGGUACCUAAAGCUGCUUCUGGCAGUUGUACAAGUUCUGAUAAGGAGGAAAUGGCAAAUAGAGAGCUAAGUGCUUACGUUAGAACCCCCAGCUCACAUGUUAGUGCUCACACUUCAAAUUGUGAUUCACACAGUUUAAAUCCCAGUGCUCAGACUUUCAUUUCCAGUGCUUCCAGAUCCAAUUUCACUGCUCAUAUCUCAAAUCUUAAUUCUCAUGAUGUUCGUGCAUCACAAAACAAUAUCACCAAAGCCAAAACUUCAAGGAAAGCUCUGUUUGACCAUCAUCAGCCUUCAGCAGGGGUGGUCCCAGGACAUGACUCCUACACUGUUGACACUGAUGCUGAGCUGGCCAGGAUCCUUCAGGAGGAGGAGCUUCAGAAACAUAUGCCUGGUGGUAGUGGAGGAUCAGCUAGUGUGACUUCAGAUGCAGAGUACGCCAGGAGUCUCCUGUAUGAAGAUCAGAGGACUGUGUCCAGUGUAGAGGAUCUGUUUCAGAUGAAGCAGGCAAAUGUGAAUCCAUUAGUUCCUGUCCCUGAACGUGUGUGUGACGGUUCUGUGUUUGGUGUUGGAUCCAGUGCUGACAGUUGUGAGACAGAUGUUAAGUUUGACCGACUUCCAAGGAAACCCAUUGGAAGAAAUAGAACUGAAAAAUCUAUUGCUAAUCAGCUGGCGUUAUACAGAGAGUUACAGAGACAAAAGUUCUGUGGUGGGGAAGAUACAGGCUCACACAGGUCAUCCAGAUCCACCCCUGGAGUGACACCAUCAAUCUACAGCAGAUCCCCAACAGCAUCAAUUACACAUCUUUCACACCAGGGAACUAGAAGGGUGCCAUCUGCCACUGUCACAUCACCAUGGCAAGACCCUUCUGCCACAUCACCAUGGCAACCGCCGUCGGCUACCAAAAUUUCCGCUACUGCAAGAACACCACCCAAAGCUUGUAUAACUCCAGUGCGAAGAGUGUCAGUCACACAUCAAACCUCAUCAACGUUCAAGAGCUUAGGUGACAAAACAAGUGACAGUUUGUCCCCAUCAGAUGUUGUUCCUGGGUUGAAGACUGAAGAUGGCAAUGAUGUCAUUGACAUUACAGAGGCUGGUGAUGAGGACAAGCAGACAAUGGAAAGUCCGUCCAAGUCACCAGUUGUGAAAAAUGUCCGAUGUGGGAACUGUAAGCAGCUUGGGCAUCCACGGACACACAGUGGUUGUCCCCAUUACUACAAACAGUCUGAGGUGGAGCGGAGAGAGACGAAAGCUUCAGAAAAUUUGAAGAGAAGGGUUGAAAGAGCUAAAGAAAAUGAAGAAGCCCUGGAAUUAUUGACAAGAAGUGAGCAAAUCCUGAAAGAGCGGAAGCAGACCAUGCUGGCUCAGAUCCGAGCUGAGGCUGAGAAAGUAGAGGAAGAGUUCAGUGACCAGAUCCGCCAGCUGAACCAGGUGGUGAAGAGACGGGAGAAGAGGAAGAAGAAGACAACAUGAUGUAUUUGUUGUUCUCCAGACUUUGAUGAAGAUCAUUCUGUUGAUCGGAACAAUGUACAGGAACUCAUUUCACAAAGCGAGUAUGUGCGCACUACGAUGGUCUGUCAUAAGUCUAUGUUAAAGUUCAGUCUAACACCUCUGUGUCGAAGUUGAAGGGACCUACAUAAGUACUUCGAGUUAUCCAAGGUUCGACAUUACCGAAAAAUAACUUGACAUGAAGAAUGAAUAAAUCGAAACGUGCGACAAACAAACAACGACAAAAUGAAAAAAAUUACCAACAAUACUUAUGUUAUUCAUCAUUAUUGGCAAUAAUGGCAUAGUAAUUGAAUCAAAGCUCACAUUCACCAUCUGCAUCACGAGCUUAUAUGAAACUUAACACAUGAUUAAACGAAAUAGGAAUCAUUUCUGAGUAAACAGUCAAAUGUCGGACGAAUAUUAGUCUAGAUCGAUUUGACUGUUAAUUUACGUUUUUUUAGGUGAAGGAACAUCUGAUCCAGUUAUCCUCCUGAUAACACCAGGCCCUUCACAAGAUUCAUCAAUGAUGUUGCUAACCGUAUUGAUUGAUUUUGGUAUCUAUCCGUCAUUUUAUAACACUAGUGAAACAAAAAGACUAUCAACGCAAAUCCUUAUUCGUGACACAUUCCAUAAUUUGUAGUCACAAGAUAAACAUGUGACAAUCACAUGACUCCAUUCACUCCUGUGUGUGGUGUUGAUCAAAUGACCUGUUAAUCCCUGGUAGACUCAUCAAGUAAACGUUCCUUUUGAGUAAGGAGUCACUGUGUGUGACUAAGAAGACAAUAGGCCUUUGACAAUGCAGUGGAGAUUUCUGGCUUAUCAGAGUAAAUUUGUGCUGGGCCUGAAAAAUAACAACAGUAACUUCCACACAUUCAAUUCGACAAAUGAGAGGUUAAAUAAUGAUGAACAAAGAAGGAAUACACAGAGACCAAGCUUUUCCUUAGGGACAACCCAACCCAACAACCUUUGAUUUAUCAAAGUUUGACACAAGAGUGUUUGACUGUAUAUGAUUGCUUUGUGAAGUGGGCCCCUAGACUCUUUAGAUAUUGUUGUUUUACCUUUCAUGCUUGGAAUAACUUGGGUCAGUCAUCUUAUGAGCCGCAAUUUGCUCUGCGGAGUAACAUCCCUUGGGCACGCCCGAUUAUGUUUGUAGGUUUGUCAGCACCAUACCCGUCCUCUGGGUUUUUACCACAGUGGUAAACUUGUGAGACCUACAUCACUUGGGGCUUUGUUCCCACAUGAAGCUGACACGCCAUGAUGUAACUGAAUUACUGUUCAAAGCAGCAUUAAACCCAGCUCUCACACUCAGGAAUGACGAAGGGAACUGUCGUGAGAGUAGUAAUGUGACAGCAUGUUAGUGAAUAUCAAGCUGAUGAACAGAGAUAGUCUUUUGACCAGUAGAACCAUCCACCUUCUGUUGACCUCUUUGAAGACAAAUUAUAUGAAACCUGUCACAGGUUUCAGAGCUCCAGAUAAGCUUUUGGCAUCGUGGGUAUUUUAUCCAUGCAUUUUAAAAUAAUUGGGUAUCCGUCAUUCUAUCUGGGUAUUCAAAUUUCUGUUACCCACUAGUUUUUACACAUGUGGGUAUUUAAGUUAAAUAUUUAAAAACACUAUAUAUCUAGUCCCUGCAAACUGGUGUCUUGUGGGUUCAAGAGCUUUAUACUCAAAACUACCACGAUACUUCCACAAGAAAGUGUUAUGGCAAAUGAUCAUGAUGUAACUGUCAUCUUGGAGUUUGGCAAGGUUGACAGGACGCCCGUUUAUAAUUUCAAAAUAAGUUGCUGAUUUGCUAAUC